AUGGCAUCCGCAUCCGCAUCCCAAGGGGUCGACGCUUCCGCGCACAUCUCCAACCCGUACAUGGCCUUCACCAUGUCGCUUCAACUGGCCUAUCAUCAGGCAAGCCUCGCUCCUGAUCCAAAGGCAUCGCGACCGCGCGCAUAUCACACGCGAGCACCAGUGGCGCCUCCUCCUCCAAUGCCGGCUCGUCGAAAGCCAGCUGCACCUCGCGCGCCAUCAUGCGCAAAGAAGUCCGACCCUUCCGCUCAUCAGCUGCCGGAUCUACCAACUGCAGUCGCAUGUGAUGCCACCCAGAAGCGCCUCUCCACCGAAGCGCAACUUAUCCAAGACCGCGCCAGGAAGUCUCGGAAUGAUCGCCUCUCCAACCUCUCAGAUCGUGAGAGCCUGCUCUGCCUCGAGGCCUUUCCCCUCCACAUCACGUGCCGCCCUUCUCUCUCCGAGGCCUCCGACUCGCCCAAACGCUACACCCCGCCCAUCCUCCCAAAGUAUUUCCCACCACCACCACCUCGGAAGUCCGCUUCACCGCGCGUUGGCCGGAAUGGUCAGCAAACAGUCCAGCCACCAAUCUCAAUUGGCGAGCCUCUCAAGGCCAUUCGGGAAGACGGGAACUCCUUCUCAGACGACUCCGAUGUGUCCGAAGAUGAUGUCUUCUUUGAGAAACGAGGACUACAAGUGGGACAUCGCUUGCCGGUGGAAGGCAUCUCACUUUUCGCGCACCUCCAGGAUAUCCGAGUGAAGGAAGCACGGGGCAGUCGAAGCUCAUUCUCUGGAUCUUCGAGCAUGCCCGGGGAACUCUCCGAUGGUAACACGAUCAGAAGCGUGGGUGAUAUCGAUGAGGACCCUGCAUCGGCGCAGUACCAGUCAGUGGUGGAUGAUGAAUACGAGGACUGGGAGCAUGUUGAGCAGUCGGCGAUUCUGACACGGCGGAUCGCGGAAUCAGAGAUGUGGGAUGAUCAGGUGGGUGCAACUUCUGCGAGCGUCGAAGAUGAGGUCGACCAACACAUCACGAGUCUGUCAGGAGGCAUCCUGUCAGGUUCGAGGUAUCAGUCAACUUGUGGCGGAGGCGAGGAGACUGGCGAGGGUGACGAGCUUGAUGAAGACGACGACGGUGGCGACGAGUUGGACAAAGCCUGGAAGCUGCACCUCACAAUCGCGUAUCCGUUCCUCCCGGGAACGAUGCCGCAGGAAGAACAAGACGACGAUGCCGAUCCCAACCAUCAGAUCCUCUUCCGCAGUCAAGACGGCAGCGAGGAAGUCGCCAUCGAACGCGAUGAAAACGAGGAAGACGCCGAUGGCUGGCUCGAAGUCGAUGUCUCCAGACUUCCACCGGACGAGAGCUUCAGCGAUGACUACUGA